AAAGGGCGACUUUCGCCAACUCCGCUGGGCAGUGGCUUCGCCGCCCGGUGCUGCAGGUUUGGGCCCGGCGGCUAAACUUGGCCGAGGGCUGCCCACACUUUCCCGGAGGCACUUCCUUCCGCCCCGGCUGCCGCCGACUUGGGUUUGGUGAUCUGUGCGCCGGGGACCGAGAACCCGCUGGAAUAAUGGUCGGACCUCGCCUCUGCGCGGACAGGCGGGAGGCGGGGUCAGUGGCCGGGAGUGAGGAGCGAGCGGGGGAGACGUCUGAAGGGUAAUGAUCUGAAGAGAUUUCCUGAGUGGAGUUUUUCAGAACCAUCUUUGUACCGUGUGGCAUUUGUUAAAAAACAUGUUUGGGAGAGUGACUCUUCCACAAGCGCUUUUUGCUGGCAUCCUUGGAAUUGCUGGAGGGAUAUAUAUUUUUCAACCAAUAUUUGAACAGUAUUCCAGAGAUCAGAAGGAAUUAAAAGAAAAGUUGAAAUUGGCAGAGGAAUCCGAAAAGAAGAAAAGCUAAUACUACAGCGAGUUGAACUGUAAUUGCUUAAAGUUCCAUUGAAAUGAUAUGUUGACUAUAAAUAGUCUCAUAAAAACUUCUGAAGUACAUAUUAAACAUAAAUAAAUCCUAAUGAUGAUUUUUAAAACUA